AUGGUUCAGCUAAUCACUCGAAAAGUUAGCUAUCCAGGCUUGCCGUCCAAGUCAAAUCCUGAUUUCCGUAAAGAAUACAAGGGCUCUGUAUUGGAAGAAAAGUUUCAAGAAAGUAAAAAGAUUUCUGAGACAUGGAAAGUUUGGAAAUAUCUGAGUGAUUGGUUUUUCACGAAACCUUCUGAACAGCCUACGUCUACUGUUGACUUGUCUCCUAUUGAGAUGCUACCUCCUGAGAUGUUACAUCAGAUACUUAAAGAAGUGGACGGAAAAACUUUGCUUCAGUGUCGUGAAGUUUCUAGAAGAUGGAAAUGUAUGGCUGAACAUAUCCAAAACAGACAAAACAGUCUUCCAGUUCUAAAUGUAUCUCGCCUGAUGGUACAAGGCACCAAGAAAGGCGGACUGGAGUUACGAUGGGUUGAUUAUGAUCGUCAAGUCUCCAGAAAUAUUGUUUUGUCUCAAACUGAAAUACAAAACUGUAUUGAUUUACGACAUGCUUUCAAACGAUUCGCUAUUCAACGUCUUGUGAUAACUAAAACAGCUUUGACGGAUGAACUCAUAACCUUUCUACGAUUCCAAAUGUCCGAGACAGAUUUGUCAACGAUUCACAGCUUAUCGUUGGUGUCCAUCGAUAUGCAAACAGCCAAGUCGUUAACACUACACAAGUUACUAGCAAUGAUUUCAAAGUCUUUAAAAGAAUUAGAGAUUCAAAACUGCUGUAACAUGAAUCCAAUGAGUUUGACUGAUAGCCAUAUUGAGCAACUCAAUCCUACACUAGUGAGACGAAUCACCAUUGAUGGUGUGAAAUUCGGUAAAACAGCCAACAAAAAUCGCAAGACGGAGCCGGCUCUCCACAUUGGCGACAAAACGCUUCAACGAUUUGCUGAACAUGGCAACUUUCCUAUUCUCUUAUUGGAUCAAUGCUCCGUCUCCACAGACAUGGUCUGUAAUUACACUCAGACAUGGCUGAGUCACGUGCCUGAUGAGCAUACGGGAUUACCACUAUCUCAGAUUUGCACAGUCAAAAGGUGUCCACGGGUACAAUGCUCUGAAUUUGAAAACGAAUGUCAGAAGCGAGGCCUCUACUGUGCUAACCGAAGAGGAAGUGAAAGUUUAGUGAUAUAUAAUAUUCAGAAGAACGCAGAGAAGACGAUGGUCACUUUGUCGUUAGCAAUGAGUCCUCCUGAGAACAGCCAGGAUUCUAAUAUUAAACCUUCCGCAUAA